GAAAAGUAGUCGAAUUAUCUUUGCCAUAAGUAUGAGGGACACCAAGACAGAAAUCAUCGGCACAGCGAAACAAAUUGGCGAUCUAGUCGAUUAGCUUAUCUCCCGCCAUGCGACACCAGAUUUGUACGAGCCAAUCAUGUAAAUUGAUCUCGAAGGCGUGAACCUCUGCCGUGAGGGCUCACUAUUCAUCCUCACCCUUCUGAUUGAUAUAGGAAUUCCGAGCAUGCGCGUCUGUCUUAUAGAUGUACAUUUGCUAGGUUCACAAGCGUUCAAUACCACUGGCAUCAAAAGGAAGACGCUAAAAGAUAUCCUCCAAGACGAAUAAAUCCCAAAGGUCUUCUUCGAUGUUCGCACUGAUUCGGAUGCCUUGUAUGCACAUUUUGGCGUGGCGCUACAAGGGGUAGAGGAUGUUCAACUUAUGGAGAGUGCUACGAGAGCAACUACGAGCUCUAGGAAGUAUCUGAAUGGCCUAGCCAAAUGUAUCGAGCAAAGCGGGUUGGAUAGCCGCGAUCUAACUAGCUGGAAGCUGGCAAAAGAGAAAGGAGAGCGAUUGUUUAAGGUUCAAUUUGGCGGCUCCUACGAGGUAUUCGAACAACGCCCAAUUCGGAACCACAUCAUCUCCUAUUGCGUUGGGGAUGUCCAGCACCUUCCUAAACUGCGGAGUAGAUACUAUUCGAGAACUAGCAGGUGGCGAGAUUUGGUUAGCAGGGAAUCCAAGAAGCGUGUCGAAGAAUCUCAGAGGCCGGAGUACCAACCUCACGGCCCAGAGAGGACUUUGGCUCCGUGGAGCGAAGACCAGAAUAAAUCUUUGGAUGCGUGGAAUUACGUCCCGCCUACUACAGACAUUUUCGAUGACGACUAUGGUCGGAAUGACGAGGAGGAAUAUGAGGAGGAAUGUGAGUUUGAUGAUGACGGGCCCACCAGCGAUAGUGAUAUCAUCAAUGAUUGCGGCCACCACUUGUACUAUUCCGACUGAGAUUUGUCGGCUGGUGACUAUAAACAGACAUUUGGGUCUUGUGUUGUCAGACCGUUGUGUUGAUGGAGCAUGUAACGAGACUCUCUGCAUGUACUCUUACAAAUGGAGCUGUUUACGAUAUCACAGAGCCCAAACAUAAGAAGAUAACCUGACAACUCAACUUCUUGCAGAAUAUCUUCAUUCCAGUGUAUAUUCCCAUUUAACCA